UGGCCCGGGGGAGGGGGGUAGCGGUAGCGCGGUCAAGUUGGACUGGUGCCUCUCCCCAUGGUGGUAUCCAGCUCCCACCUCCCUCUUUCUCAUGUGCCGCCUCUCGCUCGUGUUCCAGAUCCGGCGGGCGAACGCGGAGCGGCAGCGCCUUUCGCGGCUGCAGAAGAAGGAGAUCGGGCUGGCCACCAUGCUGCUGUGCGUCGUGGUCGUCUUCUUCAUCUGCAACAUCCUCGCGCUCGUGGCCAACGUGAUGGAGGCCUUCUACGACAAGAUCAUCGACCAGCUCAUCAAGCUGUCCAACCUGCUCGUCACCAUCAACUCGUCCGUCAACUUCGUCAUCUACGUCAUCUAUGGCGAGAAGUUCAAGCGGCUGUUCCUGAAGCUCUUCUGCCCGCAGGGGAAGCUCUUGUGCGGCAGCCCGGCGGGCGGCGGCCGCGACAGCCCCGAGUGCGACAGCGUGGUGUCCAAUGGGGAUGGCCGGUCGUACUCGGUCCGGUCGACGAUGCAGCUGCAGCGCGCCAACACGGUGCGCAACGGCAGCCGCAGCGGCGGCAGCGGCGGCUGCAACGGGCCCUCGCGCGCGCCGUCCGUGGGGCCCUGCGUGUACUACCCGCACCACCCGGGCGGCAGCAGCCACCACAACAACAACAACAGCCACCACUACCACCACCACCACCACCGUCAGCACUCGCCGACGGCCACGGUCACCACAGUGCUGGACGACUAGCAGGCGCGGCGCAACCCGCAGGGCCGCAAGCAGUACGGGGUGCACUCUCCGGCGCAGGCGCACAGCCUCGCCGACGGCCACCCGGGCAGGCCGGCCAGGCUCUCCGUCAAGUUCCUCUAGGGGACCCAGAGGGCUCCCAGGAGGGGCCGGAGCCAAAGUGCGCGUGCGAGAGAGGAAGCGGAGGCUCUCUGUUCCGUGAAUAUCGGAGAGCGAAUAAGCGACUCCCCUCGCUCCCUCCUCCACUCGCCCUGGUCCCUUCCUGCUCUUGCCUCGACGGACGAACUGCUUGCGACCCGUUGCUUAGCCACGACGCUACAGCAACGGGUGCUCUCUACGGGUUGUGCUUUGUGAAUGGACAUGGCCAUAUUGGCCCUCAAAGGAGCCUGCUACAACAAAAUGGAACUGUGUAUUUAUAAAAAUAACUUUGGUUAGCUGUGAUAUGUGGAAUGAUUUGGUGGCGUAAUUUAUUAAAUAGAGUUAAUGAUGUUGGGUUGUUCUAUAUUAUGUGCCUCUUUCUAAUUGAGAAGUAAAAGUAUCCUUUAAGGCAAUUUUUAUUUUUUAAAAGAGUAGUUUACUAAAUUUUUGGCUUUACAGUGUGAGGUCUCUAUCAAUUAUUAUCUGACAGUUCCUCUGUCCUUGUCUAGAGUGAGCCAUUAUGAAG